AUGUAUGAAGUCAGAAGAAUGCUUGGACGUCGACUUCUUUCACCAGUGGCCGAAAAGAGCGCAGGAUUCGCUCCUCUGCCGUCGCCAUUGGCUACGUUUAAAUUUAAAAAUGGAAACGUUCCCGACCCGGCGGCAGAUUUUACUUUUACUUCCAUGCUUUGGUCAAAGAACGUUCGGCCUCUAGUGAGCCUGCUCCUGACUCUCGAAUCUCACCACUUAGCAACGCGGAUAGUCGCCCAGAGCGGACCAACCUGGGCGGCGGAUACGCAGGCAGAUACGCAGAUGGAGACUGCAGAUGCUCCGGCGUCGGCGGCCCCGAGGCACCCGUAUCCAGCGUAUUGCUUCGUCGUCACAAACUCCAGUAUCUGGCUGCCAUCAGCAGUGUGGGCGGUGGUUGUACCAGUCUUUCCAGCCCCGCAAUCAAGGCAACCAGCGCACAAAUGGCGCGCAGCAGACAGUUCCACUGCACAGGGAAGGGCGGGCGCAGCAGCGGGGAGUUUCAACCUCAGUCUGUGUGUUUCAAAGGAGAUGCAUUCCGAUCGAUGGGUCUUACAGAAAGCAGCUCCAGCAGGGUUGAAGCUUGUUUGGCACGUGGACGCAUCCAGGGCAACGGUAGUGCGCUUGUUGACCGCUGGCCGUCGCUGCAGGAAGUGCCCUCGACUGUCGAGCCAACCCCACACCCGCCGUCGCUCCACGACACUGAGCGCUAGCUGGCGGGCGGCGACGAAAGACGGUCGCUGCUCUUGCUCACUUCAUGCAAUGCAGUCCGGCCAUCACACAUGGGUUGCGCGGCCCGCCAUCGGGGCGUCAGCUCAAAUGCCUCUGGAAGGUGUGCAGCAUUGCAGUGACGCAGCAUGGACAAGCACGGCGGGCCUCUAUCAAAUGGAAAAAGACGACGUCGACACCACACGGAUCCGGCGUCCGCCAGGCAUGUCGUCGAUGGGCUGCGCACUGCGGCAAAUGGCAUCCCUCUGUUACUCGCGCUUCCCCAUGGCAGACCAUUCACACCGAGGGACGGCUUCCCUGUCAAGAGUCUUCAGUAAGGUUUCAAUGCGAGCACCGAACUUUGAUGCAUCGCACACCCAUCAAUUUGCAGCUGCGAGCGGAUUGGAUGGAGUAAAACUCCCCGUGACAUGCCACUCUGGAUUCAUGUCCACAAAUGCCUCUGUGUCAUGCCGGCAGGCUGCGUGCCAGCAAAAACGACCACUGGCCGUCAUCUCUGCCUUCAGAUACGCACCUCACGUCUUCCCACGGCUACCACUGUGCCGGAAUGUCAGGGGUGCAACUGCUUCUGGGCUGAGGUUGGGCCAACUAUCACGCAACGGGCUAGUAGAUGUAGCCGCGGCCUCUCUUCUCGAAACCUCUCGGCCUCCUUCUCCCGCCAACGGUCCUGUCACCGUCUGA